AUUGUUGGCAGGGAUUCAUAUGGAUUUACUGUGAGGCCUCAACAUGCCCAUAGGUAUCGAGAGUACUCCAAUAUCUACAAGGAGGAAGAAGGGGAGAGAUUGGCAAAAUGGAGGGGAUUUCUUGUGCAGCAAGAAGAGUCUACAAGGGCUAGUCAUGCUAAGGAAGAUGACACUGAACCUGUGGUCUCCGAGGUUACUGAGGAGCAACAUGAUCUCAGUCAAACAGCAAGUGAACCUCUGGUUUCCGAGGUUACAAAGGAUCCACCUGCUCUCAGUCAAACAGCAAGUGAAAAUGUGGUUUCCGAGGUUACAGAGGAGCUACGUGAUCUCAUUCAAACAGCAAGUGAGGAAAGGGAAGAUUCGGCUGAACAGUCCGCUGCCAUUUCUGAAGUCACUGCUGUUGAAAAGGUGAGCGGAGAAGAUGGAAAUUCAAGUGAAAAGAGGUCUGAGGGAAGUAUACCUCCCAAGGAAGCUCCAAGUAACCAACAUAGUAAGCCCCGUGAGGUGAAGACAUGGGCUGAUAUUAGUUCAUCACUAAAUACCAUUGACCAUUUGAUGAGUUUACGAAUAAAGAAGAAUGCGAACACGAAGCAUGAAAAGAUAAGGUGCGAAAAUAAUGACCUUCCAUCAAUAGACGAGGGAAGAGCAGAUGGUGGAGGGUCUGAAGACGAUAGUGAGAGAACUGAUAGUGCAGAAGCUCCUACAGUAGAAACUAGUUCCAGUGAUAUACUACUACCCGCAGAAUCCAGUUUUCCUUGGAAACAAGAACUAGCAUCCCUUGUUCAAUUAGGAGUACCCAGGGAACUUAGGGGGGAGGUGUGGCAAGCAUUCGUUGGUGUUAGAACCCGCCGAGUGGACAGAUAUUACCAAGAUUUGCUGGCUGUAGAAUGUGAUGCUGGUAGUGAUGGCAAAGAGCAUGAUAAAUCAGCAUCUGAAGAGAAGAAAGGCAAUUUGUCAGAAAAGUUGAAGAAGCAGAUUGAGAAGGAUCUGCCGCGAACAUUUCCAGGCCAUCCGGCAUUAAAUGAAACUGGCAGGAACUCAUUACGGCGUGUGCUCUCAGCAUAUGCUCUGCAUAACCCCUCAGUUGGGUAUUGCCAGGCAAUGAAUUUCUUUGCUGGCUUAUUACUUCUGAUGAUGCCUGAGGAAAAUGCUUUCUGGACACUGGUGGGUAUAAUCGAUGAUUAUUUUGAAGGUUAUUUCUCACAAGAAAUGACAGAAUCCCAGGUUGACCAACUUGUUUUUGAGGACUUGAUGCGUGAAAGGUUUCCUAAACUAGUAAACCAUCUUGAUUACUUGGGAGUUGAAGUGGCAUGGAUGUCCGGGCCCUGGUUCCUCUCAAUCUUUGUAAACACGCUUCCAUGGGAAAGUGUUCUUCGAGUGUGGGAUGUGAUCCUGUUUGAAGGGAACCGCGUCAUGCUCUUUCGAACUGCGCUUGCUUUGAUGGAUUUAUAUGGACCUGCUCUAGUUACAACAAAGGAUGCUGGAGAUGUUAUAACUUUAUUGCAAACACUUACUGGUUCCACAUUUGAUAGCAGCCAACUUGUCUUAACUGCUUGUAUGGGUUUCUUGACCAUCACUGAAGAUCGACUGCAGGAACGGAGACAGAAGCAUAGGCCAUCUGUAGUUUCGACAUUCAACGAAAGAGCCAAAGGGUGCAAAAGCUUCAAAGAUCCUAAAGGUCUCGCAACUAAGUUAUACAGCUUCAAGCAUGAUCGUGGACAAAUAGCAAAAGAAAAUGAGAUAGAAGCAGGCUUGAAUGAUAAUAUGGAUUUAGGUGAAAUCCCAUGUUUGGAAUCUCAUUCUGCCAGCCUGGAUGAGUAUCUUAAAGGCAUGACCAUUGAUUCCGAAGUAGAUUCACUUCCAGAUCUUCAGGAACAGGUGAUUUGGUUAAAGGUUGAGCUCUGCAGGUUGCUAGAGGAAAAGAGAUCGGCUAUGCUCAGGUCUGAAGAAUUAGAAUCUGCGUUUAUAGAAAUGGUUCAAGAAGAUAAUCGAAUGGAACUAGCUGCAAAGGUUGAGAAAUUGGAGAAGGAGGUUGCUGACCUACGGCAGGUUCUGUCUGAUAAGAAAGAAGGGGAGAAAGCAAUGCUUGAGGUUCUAAUGAAUGUUGAGCAAGAACAGAGGAUAGCCGAUGAAGCUCGACGUUCUGCAGAACAACAGCUGCGCGCACUUCAGGAAAAAUAUGACAAAGCCAUGGGUGCCCUAGACGCUAAGGAGAAGCGGGUUGUUAUGGCAGAGACUAUGCUAGAAGCAACAUUGCAAUAUGAAUCUGGGCAAAGUAAAGCCUCUUCACCUAAUUCUACCAACAAGACUAGUCUACUCUCGUGAGGCCUUGGUUGGAGGAAGGGGAAAGACGACACUGGCAAUAACGUCCCCGACGAUGCUGAUGGCCACCAGCAAGAUAGAUGACAAGAAAGUUACAGAAACAAUAUACAAUGCUCAUACACUACAGUAGUUUUUUAACAUCAUCGUUUUUAAGUUUGUAUGUGUACGAUGAGGUAAUAAACAAUAGUUUGUACUCUUUCGGCAA